AUGGGUUUUCGUUUACCUGGAAUCAGAAGGUCUUCUUCAAAAUCAAGUGAAGUACCAAAGGGAUACCUUGCGGUCUAUGUGGGAGAGGAAAUGAAGAGGUUUUUGAUCCCGAUAUCUUACUUGAAUCAACCUUCAUUUCAAGAAUUGUUAAGCCAAGUUGAGGAAGAGUUUGGAUAUGAUCAUCCAAUGGGCGCCCUCACUAUUCCUUGCACAGAAGACAUCUUCCUCAAUGUCACUUCUUCAUUCCGCAGGUUAGCAUCCAUUGAAGGAAGAAGUACUUCUAGGAAGAAAUCUUCCGUGCAAGGAAUA